UAGUUUGACAUAUGUGUCAAUUUUUAAAAAAAUUCUCAUGAUUUAUACAACAGAAUAGCCUAAUACACCAACUUCCAUCUUAUAAAAGGAACAAGAUUCACAAUAACAGAUAGUUGUGCCAAACUGCGGGUUGAUAGCAUGGCUGAUUAUGAAAAACAGUUUCAAGAAGACCUGGAAAGGGCCCAGGCCCUCAGUCUAGAGUCUCUGGCAUUGGAACAAUUCAAGACUAAGAAACUGCAAGAGUUAAGUCGAUCAUCUACCACGAUAUCAGUUCCUACUAAGCCAAAAACAACUUCAGUGACCAGGGCAUCUUCUAUGACCGAGACAGACUCUCAAAUAAAGUACGACCGUCAACUGAGUAAAUCCAGACCAAGACCAGGAACGUCUACAAGUAGCACUUCUAAUUCUUUGAUAGCACCUCCUCCGCCCUCAUCUAGAAAAAAUAGUUCACCAAACGAUACUCCAGACUUGAUUUCUUUCUCAAGCCCACCCACCAGCCGGAGCGACAUUAUAGAAUUUUGUAAUCAGCAAAGUUACAAUAACAACAAAGUGUCCGUAAUAUCUACUUCGCCGAUAAUACAGCAGCAGCAGCCACCCCCUCCGGGAUUUAAAUUCUGGCCUCAGAUGACCCUGAACACAAGAAUGACUCCCAUACUUCAAUCAAACAUUCCGCAGCAGCACACCAUGUACAACAGAGGGUAUUUUCAAUCCCCUGUCGGCAUGAAUAUAGGUUUCCGGUCACCGCUGAGUGUUAGCCCCACAGUUCAGUCUCCCAUGAGCACUACACCACCGCAGAUCAACCAGAGGGUUUCCUUUUACCAGCCACAUCCUCCAGGUUUCAUCGAAUCCAAUUUUUCUGCUAGUUCUCAGUCUCCACCGGCUCUGCCCCCUAAAAACCAGCAGAGGCCGCCUCCACCUGUCAUCCCCAGAAGUUCUGCGUCGUCAAGAUCAUCAACGCCGUCUGCAAAACCACCUCCUAAAAAUUACACGAACAGUCACAAUUUAAUAGAUUUUGCUCAAGCCGAUGACAAGAACAGUGUGCGUGUCAGCAUUUUGCAAGAAUUCGAUCCCCUUUCCGACUCAUAUUACAGCUCUAGUAGUUCCAGAACCAUCAGUCCAGAUUGCUCAGUUGACGAUACUUUAUCCAUAUGUGGUAGCGUGUACGAGGAGUACGAUCCUUACGACUUCAUCUACACUGGAUCGGCAAAUACCAGUACUUCAGAUCCGAUUUAUGCCACUGUGAUUAGACCCGAUAGUACUCCAUUGUCACCGGCACCACCUCGUAUGUCCACGAUAGACAGACGUACUAAAAAUUUCAAGAGAAAUUUGCUGAAUAUCAUCGAAGAUGCCAGCAAUCGUUCCCUGAAUAAAGAUUCUGAUUUAAAAGCAUUUUAUAACAUGGUUUAUAAUGUUAGAAAGCAAUACCGUUACAAUGACCCCGACACAAAUAUGGGUCUCGUGAUAAGCCCCAUGGUAAAUUACCAGUACAAUGAGGGUCUCAGCAUCAAACUCCAAGUUCAUCCUGAUUUCGAGGGCGCCGAUUUCAACAAACCUAUAAGCUUUACUUGUGACGUGACGUCUAGUGUGGAGCACGUUACUAUGCAAUUAACUUACGACUUGGAGGCACCCUCCUCGAAUUUGUACACCUUGAAAGUGUGGGGAUGUAACGAAUACUUAGUGCCUACAACCCUGCUAAGCGAUUAUGAAUACGUUCACGAUUGUAUCAAACUCGAUGAAGAUGUGCUCUUGAUCCUCAUUCCUGAUUCAAAAAAGGAUAAAUCUUUCGCUAGAACGAUUCAAGACGAUAAUGACGACGAAACGUUAAGAUUUGAUAACAUCCUUCCUAAUGAUUCCGUUGUACAUAUCACUUAUGAGAAUUUGAAAAUUCUGUUAGAAACCGUCGAAAGUGAAAUGAAGAAACUUGAAGAAGCAGCGUUACAAAUCGAUAGGAGUAGCAACUCUUCCGUCAUGCCGCCUUUGCAACCGUUAAAAGUGAUACAGUCCGUCAAAUGUAUAAUCAACUUAAUGGGUGACCUUUGUACGUUGGAUAUCAUGCAAACGGUGGAGGCCCUCAUGGAAUUUUGUAGAAACUUUAUACCUUCCAACACGGUGAGUUUUUCUGAAACUAUCAUCAACAGCUGCGAUAAAAUCCGUUUUGCCAUUCAAAACCUCAUAGAAAUGUACUGCCAGGCGUUUACAGUGGACUUUGACGUUAAAACUCCAGCCUCUAACGAACCUAUCAGAUAUGUCCAUGACGUCAUGGAUUCCCUUGUGAUACGCAUCUGUGCGAUACACCGCCCUGCCUUCGAAUGGGAAGAGGAAGAAUAUUAUAUCGCUGCGCACGUUUAUCACGGUACCAAAAAAAUUGGCAAGACUCUCUUGACCCAACCUAGUAAGAAGAUUGAAAGGGACAAACUGUGGCCAACACGUAUAAUAUUUGAUAACUGGUAGGUACUUGAAGGUUCAAGGGUAUUCUUCUAUGUUGAUCAUGAUUUUAGGUUAGAAUUCGAAGAUGUGCCUAUCAGUAGUUUAGGCAGAGAGUCCCGAUUGGUGCUGCAGGUUUUCGGAAAGACCUUGGCUGCUUCUGACAGUGAAGAGGCCAAAAAUUCGAGUUUACCGGUUUACAAGGAAGAGGAAAUCGGAUGGACGGCAGUUCAAUUAUUUAAUUACGAGAGUACUUUGACUCAGGGUAGCAUGUUGCUCUCGAUUUGGCCGAAAGACGCAAAUUACAUAAACGAUCACGUUUACGGGCCAGCUCCGGCAGUGGGGACUCAUCCGGAUCCGGACCAUCCCAUGUUAGGUUUAGAAAUAGUUGUGCCCAAUAAAGUGCAGUUUCCUUCAGUAACGCCAGAACUCUACAGUAGCGUGAUCAAAGGAGAUUUUUCGAGUUUGGAUAACGAGACACAGCAGUUGCUAGUUGACGCCUGCGAGCAAGACAUGCUGUAUAAAUUCCCUCCAGAAAUCAGAGAGAUUUUAUGGGAGAAGCGACACUACUUAUACCAUUUACCCCGAGCUUUACCAAAGGUGUUAUUAGCCGCUCAUAGUUGGGCCUACGCUCAAUUACCCGAUUUACAUGGUAUGUUACACACGUGGACCAGAUUAAAACCCAUUCAGGCCUUAGAACUAUUAUUACCCGUGUAUCCUGAUCUGGAGGUUCGAAAGUUAGCCAUCAGAUGGAUUCGGGGCCUUACAAACGACGAACUGGUGGACUAUUUGCCACAGUUAGUUGUUGCUUUAAGGCAUGAGACCUACGAGAACUCUCCCUUGGCACAAUUCCUUUUAGAUAGAGCCUUACGAUCGCCUAGAUUCGCUCACUACCUGUUCUGGUUGCUCUGUCACAGUUUACCAGGAGAUUCUCCGCAGAACUGUUCGUCUGAGAUGCGAAACAAAGAAGACUCGAUAAGUGAAGUUCGACAUCACCGAAGACUGAAGUUGUUGCUUAGAGCACUUCUAGCGAUUUCCGGAAAGUCUCUCGGCGACUGUUUCCUAUCGCAACAGUCUCUCGUCAAGAAACUCAACGAUAUCGCGGAAGAAGUCCAGAGAUCCAAAGACUCGCAUCGAAUAACGGUGCUGCACAACGCCUUAGGGCAGAUUCACAAGGAUAUGCAGGAUAAUCCCACGAGUCUCCCCCUGUCUCCCACCCUAAAAGUUAAAGGCGUGGACGUGCAGUCGUGUUCGUAUUUUCCCUCUAACACCCUACCGUUGAAGAUAAAUUUCUUGAUGGAGGACAGUUCUAUAAGACCGGCGAUAUACAAGGUCGGGGAUGACUUGCAGCAGGACAUGUUGACCCUGCAGAUGAUCAGACUGAUGGACAAGUUGUGGCUGAAGAAGGGGUUAGAUCUGAAGAUGGUUGCGUUCACUUGUAUACCGACGUCGAGGUGCAAAGGUAUGAUUGAAAUGGUUACUAAGGCUGAGACGUUACGGAAAAUCCAGGUAGAGCAUGGAUUGACGGGAUCUUUUAAGGACAAACCGAUAGCCGAGUGGUUGGCAAAACAUAAUCCGUCUGAGUUGGAAUAUGGUCGAGCUGUCCAGAAUUUUACAGCGUCAUGUGCUGGGUAUUGCGUCAUCACCUACAUCUUGGGCAUCUGCGAUAGACACAACGACAAUAUUAUGUUAAAAACAUCCGGCCAUUUGUUUCAUAUAGAUUUUGGGAAAUUUUUGGGCGAUGCACAAAUGUUCGGGAAUUUUAAAAGAGAUCGGGCUCCCUUCGUUUUGACGUCAGACAUGGCGUACGUUAUAAACGGCGGCGACAGACCGACGGAGAAGUUCCACCAAUUCGUCGACUUGUGUUGCCAGGCGUUUAACAUCAUCAGGAACCACAGGAAUCUCUUUUUAUUUUUGAUAACGUCUUCGGGAAUAUGUCGCAUUACCCCGGAAUCGAUAGGUUACAUGCACAAAGCUUUGCUGCCGGAACUGUCGAAUCCAGAGGCUGCAGCCUAUUUCACGAGACUUAUAGAGGAGUCGCUGAAGACCCGGUUCACUCAGUUCAACUUUUUCCUGCAUAACUUGGCGCAACUGAAAUUCACCGCCGACAAUAAUGGUGGUUCGUUGCUGUCUUUUGUGCCAAAAACAUACAGUAUGGCCGCUGACGGGCAAUUGGUACACGUGGAAGUCGUGAAUUACAGAAAACGUUAUGAUCCAGACAAGUACUACGUGUAUGUUUUGAGAGUUUACAGAAAGGAUCAGAAACAGCCGAUGGAGAUACAAAGAACUUAUAAGGAGUUUUGCGAAUUGCACCAGAAACUGUGUAUUUAUUUUCCGUUGGCAAAACUUCACAGUUUAUCGACUGGUCUACAUAUGGGUCGCUCCAACAUAAAACAAGUCGCCCAAAAACGAUUCCAAGAAAUCAGCCUCUUCGUCAAGUCGCUCUUCUUGUGCGCUCACGAAAUAGCCCACUCUGAUCUAGUCUACACUUUCUUCCAUCCCCUCCUGAGAGACCAGCAGUACCCCGACGAAUACUCCAAAAAAGUUAAAGAUCGAACCGAUUUCCAAAACGAAUCAGGAAGACUGAAAGGUCAAUUAAAACUUUCUUUACAAUACAACAAAGGGGUGUUUUGUGUGAUGGUUCACCACGCGAGAGGUCUGCCGAGGUUGUCAAACGGCCAGGAGCCCUCUACGUACGUUAAAGUUUACCUGCAGCCCGACGUACAAAAGAGUACCAAGCGGAAAACGAAGGUUGUGAAGAAGAACUGCCACCCUAGCUUUAUGGAGAUGCUUGAAUAUCGAAUGACUCUAGAGAUAGUGAGGACGAGAAAACUGAAGGCCACCGUCUGGAAUUACGAUGCUCUGCAGGAAAACGAGUUCAUGGGCGGCGUGGAGCUGGAUCUGGGCAGUCUCGAUUUAACUGCCGAAACGAGCGAGUGGUAUUCCUUGUGCAACCUAAGCAGAUAGCAGUUGUACUCUUUCAGAUGAUACAGCGGCAAAUAUCAGUUGCUGGUAAUGUGACAGGUUUACGAUCUCGGCAAAAAAUUUGAUACGAACAUUGAAAAGUAGUAGGGUUCAUCUCAGUUGAGGGAAAUAGUGAGGUUAAAUUUUUACAUCUUAAGCAAGGUUUGUGAAAGGGUACCAGUGGGGGUGUUUAGUGAAAACGCUAGGUCUGAAAUGUCACUGAAUAGAAAUAGAAAAUUAUAUAUAUGCACAUUUAUUAUGAGUAAUUAGUAAAUUUAAAAACUCUCGCACAUUGAUAAAGUACUGUUAAAUAGAAAAAGUUCUUGAAAGUCUUCAUAUUUUGAUUAAAUUUUGCGUUUUUCUAGACAUUCCCACUAAUUCGCUGCACAAACAAUGUAAUCCUAAUAUCGUGUUAAUUAUUCAAGUCUGACUUUAGUAUAAGAGGCAAAUAGUUUGUACGAUAAUCGAACUUAGCUCCUAAGGUGCUAUCAACUUUUACAAUGUAAUGUAAUUGCCAAAAAAUUCACAAAAACAAUCACACUUCUUGUCUAACACUCUUAUUUGCGGUUAUAGAGAUUUUUAUUUAAGAAUUCUUCUUGGUAGGCGUUCGUUGUAUAUUUCUGCACGGUAUAACUAUGCUUUUGAGUUGUGAUGUGAUGGUUGCGAGGUUAUGGCUGAAAAAAAAAAAAAAUAUUUUAAUGUUUAAAUACAGGGCGUCAAUUAUGUACGUCAAUCAACUUUAAGGGGUGAUUAUUUGAGUAAUUUUAAGAAAAAAUAUUAUAUAUGGACCCGCACCACUAACCGAUAGAUUUCAAGAUACAGGGUGUUGAAUUAAAAAAAAUAACCUAUAUGUACACCAGUGGCGGAUAUACCGGGAGUUACUUUUAUCAAAAACUCCAGAAAUUUGAUGCCACUGAAUAUUUUAAAAAUUGUCUCACUACUUUUAACUCUUCGUGUUGCUUUCAAGAAAAGGAUACCUCAUUUAAUUUUCAAAACACCAAACACUGCAUAAAAUGUAAAAUAAUUCUAGAGCUAUUCAUUUUCCAAAAAAAUUUCAUAGGUCUAUUUUGCUAGAAAUACCGUUUUUCAGUUUAAAAUCACUCAAAAAGUCGCCCCGUGAAAUUUCUCACAUACUUAUUUAACAUCCUGUAUAUGCAAAAAAUUAUUUUUAAUUAAUUAUAUACAAAAUAUAUUGCUGAAAAUUCUUUUAGAAGAUCUUCCGCAAUUUUUUUACAGAACAAAAGUUUCUACUCGUGUUAUAUUAAUUUUCAUUGGAGUAAAUAAUUAAGGAGUAUUGUGGGAUAUAUUUAUUAUUUUUAUUUAAUUGUUCAUAGUCAUGAAAAAAAAAACAAAACAUACAGGGUGAUAUAUUUUAGAAUAAUAACUGUUAUUAUUAUUUUUUCCUUUCGGGAAAGUUAAAAGAAUUUAGUAAUUGCUCAUGAGUAACCUACCUCUAAUUUUCACGAAAUUUGAUUACAUUCAUGCCUCUGUUCCUUGAAUCUCAUUUUUACCUUUAGAUAUUAAAUUUCUGUGCAUUUUAAUAUUUUACAUUCAACGACUGUUCUUCGUCUCAAGCACAAAUUUGAUACAUAACCCAUUUUGAGAUGAAUCGAUCGUCUAUAAGUGACACAUGAAUUUAUGGAAUUAUACAGCUUUUAUAAAAGCAACGGGUAGAGUAUAAUAGCGCGAAGACCAUUGAGGUGGGAAUUUGUAAUCAAUUGCUAAAAUUCAAACAAAUAAACUGAACAAAUGAAGACCUCAGCGACUGACUUCAAUGCAACACCCUGUGUGUAAAGAGUUAAUGCCAAAGUUGCAGUGGUAGUAACGUUUUUAGAAUUAUUUAUUUUAAGUAGUAAUCAUGCAUAUUUAUUUCUUAAUUAUACAGGAAACGUAAUCAUACUGUAUUGAUUAAAGUAUUACUCCCAUUCCUAAGUAUUAUAGAUGGAUUGAGUGUUCGUCGGAACUGUUUCCGUAUAAUUCGAGAGGCGUUCUUUUGAAACCUCGUAUUUUUUAUUGCAUUUUGAGAAAUGGGUCCGAUGAUCGAUUUUAAAUGAGAAUUGUAUAAUUAUUAGCAUUUAUUUUGUAAUUCUUUAUAUACGUAAUAUAUAUAUACACUUAU